CUCCUCUGCGCUCAACGUCAACGUUCAAUAGUACAAACCCUCUUCUAUACAAUGGAGAUUCCACAACGCGAUCUUCCAGACGUGCUGAUAGCUCUCACAACCUCCCGUAGCCCUGCUGAUUUGCGUGCAGCUGUAAACAAAUUCUACAUGCGCAACGCUUCUUUGCACCACCCUUUCAGGGUCGUAGAGCACGACAAAAACUCAAGGCAGAAAAUCCUGAGCAUGUACGAGUGGUACCGCAUCAUUAGCCCCGACACUACUAGUAAUGUGGAUUCAGUGUGUUAUGAUAAGCAACGCCAUGUCCUUGUCGCUGAGGUAACUCAGCACUUUCGUGUUCGAAUUAGCCCUUUCAAGGCAGCCCCGUCUCGCUACAUCAUGCGUAUCAAACUCCAGGAGCGAGACAAGUUAUUUUAUAUCUAUGACCAAGAAGAAUUCAUGCACCCCACUGACUUGAUGAAUUCAGUUCUGCCGCCUCUUACUCCGCUGGUCUGGCUUGCACUUGUCUUUUUCACAUUUAUCGGUGACGUCUUCGCGAAGGCGUGGGUCCUCAGCCUGAUCAUCUGUGUGAAGCUCUUCGGCAUAGGUAGCGAUAUUCAGAGAGGCCGAGUGAAAUCGGGCUUAACGAGGUUGGUGCAACCUGGAGAUCAGGAGACGGUAGACGGGGUGUUGAAGACUGCGCAAUACGCACCGGACAGGGGUAACGCGAAAAAUUGAACGCUGGUACAGCAUGUGCACUGUUGCCGCUUUUGUACUAUGUCGAGAUGUCGCAUUAUACCUUGUCUCCCGUACAGUAGAACUUCUAGUUUCAAAUUUCAGCGCCGGCCCCUGGUACGUUCUUAAUUUUAAGACCUACAUAAAUCCCCAAGGCCGUUGUUGGCACCUUUCAAACUACCUGUAGAAUCAACUGAUUAAUAACCCGAAACAGACAUUAGCAGGCACCAUUGAGCCAGUGGUAGGCCAGACGUGUGCUAAACGGAGUAACGCAGGAGCAAGGGGGACGACCAUAUCCUAAAAUAAGCUUGUUAUCUGGUCUGCGACUCGUCGAUAUGAAAGUAGGUGGUGGCCUUGCGCUGAGAUUUAUGUCUUCAAUAUUGCGAUGCAGAUAAGGUUCGCGCCAUGCUAUCGUUUUGUGAUCUGCU